AUGCUGGUAGCCUACGAAGGAUUCAGGAAUUCGUUGGCUAUUACGAUUCACUACAAUAUCCUCUUCUUUUUCCAUUUGGAACUCAUGGAUGGGAUAUCAGUACCCGAAGUCAAAGUGGCGGCAAAGUAUCAUGCCGAACAUAUAAUAGUUAUAUGCUCCAGCCCCGAUGAUCAUUCUACCGUAUUGCAAGCAGGGCGACUACUACAACAAUAUGUUAUUGAUAACUAUGUGAAAAUUGAAACCGGAAAGUUAAGAUGGGUUCGAACUAGACAGAAGAAAUUACGGGCUGAAUUAUACCAAGGUUUACAAGAUACUUUGCACACAAGUGAAACCAAUGCAGAAAAUGUUGGAAGAAAAAGAACAAUAUUACCAUCGUCGUUUAUUGGUAGCCGUCGCGACAUGACCCAACGAUAUGAAGAUGGAAUGGCGAUUGUUCUUAAAGAGGGCAAGUCAGAUAUUUUUUUCACAAUGACAUGCAAUUCAUCUUGGACUGAAAUAACUUCAGAACUCAACCCAGUUCAAACUCCACAAGAUCGUCCAGAUCUAACAACAAAAAUUUUUCGAGCCAAAUUUGAACAGCUGAAAGAGGAUGUAAUUACUAAGGGUGUCUUGGGAAAGGUGAAGAGCUAUAUUUAUGUCACUAAGUUUCAAAAAAGAGGGUUGCCACAUGUACAUAUGUUACUAAUCUUAGAAAAAAAUGACAAGUUAAUUGACCCGGAACAUUAUGAUAGUUUGAUACGUGCAGAGAUACCAUCUAAAGAAGUAGAACCACACCUACAUGAUGCGGUGCUAAAACAUAUGAUUCAUGGUCCUUGCGGUACACUUGAUCAAUCUUCACCCUGCAUGAAAAAUGGCCAAUGUAAACGCAACUACCCAAAAGAGUUCGCAGCAGAAACACGAAGUGGUGACGACUCAUAUCCGCAAUAUAGGCGACGAUUCGACACUCCAGUAUAG